AGUUACGUGUCGCUUUUGUUACACAACUCUAUUGGAUUAAAGAAAAUCGAGGUAAAAUGGGUCGUUUGAAAGUCUUUUUUGGUUUGAUGUUCUUGAUUUUGAGUUGCGGGGCAAUUUGUUCCUCUGCUCUUACCACAUUUUCCUUGGAAGAUAAACUGCAAGAAUUGGAACUGAGACUAGAAGCCAAAAUUGAAGCUAAAAAUGCUCAACUUGAAGAAAAGGUGACACAACUGGAGGCGCAACUUGAACUAAAUAAUGAACUAAGACAAGAUUUGGCAUUGAAAGUAACUCAAUUAGAGGCCAAAAAUGUCCAACUGGAAGUCAAAAUUGAACAACAAGAAUCGCUUUUUAGAAAUCAUUUUUCACGUGAGAAAAAUGAACGCACAACAGCUCCCGACUCUGUUCCAAUUAGCAAUAAUCAAUCGGCUGUUGCCAUCAACGGACUGCCGUCUUCGUGCGGGGAUCUCAAAAUGAUUGGCCACAUUUGGAGCGGAUUUUAUUCCGUCAUAGGAUUGGCGAAAAUGGAAUCCGUUUAUUGCGAUUUCACUAAACUACCGGACGAUGCGGGUUUCCAGAAAUGGAUUGGAUACGUCGACGUCAAAUCGACGCCCGUCCAUUUCUACGUCCAGAGAAAUUCUUCAUUUAACACACAAUACACUCCAAUUCCGUUUGAUUUGGCGGUGGUGAACGAGGGAAACGCCAUGAAUUUGACCACGGGGAAAUUCACGGCACCGCGACCGGGAAUUUAUUUUUUCUCUUUCGCGGGACUGGCGUAUCUUUAUUCUUCAUCUUCUUCUGCUGGGUUUGAGUCUUAUCUUUAUUUGAAUGGGAAUCUAAUCGGGGUGAGUAAUGUUAACGAGAGAAACGCCCCCGUUGCUCAAUUUAGUCCGUUGACCCUUCAGUCGACGUUCAACUUGAAAAAAGGCGAUCAACUCUGGAUGGAGAUUUCUUAUACUGGUGACUCAUCCUCGUCUUUGUGGGACAGCAGUUACCACUACACACAUUUCACGGGUUUCAUGUUGGAGGAGGAAAUUGUGGCGUCCCUCUGAGGUUCGACAUCCAAAAUGAACGUCAAUCAUUUGGGGAAAAUAAUUUUAAGGGGAAAGGGAAGAUAAUUCAUUCGACU